AACAGCCACAUGGUGGCCUGCUGAGGGUUGUGUGGGAAAGGUCCUCUCCACGAAGGUAAACUAGACGCAACCGCCUACUGAGUGGGAGAAUCCCGCCGCUGGAGUACCGUCACUGGCCGCCCAGACCCAGCUCUGGGCAGUGUGGAGAACUCGAUCUCGAUAAAGCAGGGAAAUACAAGAGAACAACAUGUCUGGUCGUGCUGCAUCGCUGAUCUCCUUCUCCUCUGUGGACUCGUCCCUCUCAUCCCUGAAGGGUUGCCAUACCUAUAUAGACACAGGGAUGGACACUACAGCAGGAGUGGCGCUAGAUCUUCUUCAGACAGGCUGUGAUGCAGAAGAUGUGGACAGCAUGCAAUUUGUCAUGUUGGAAUACGCUGCGUUGAACAGAGAUUUAAACCAAUACAUACAUGCCGUGGAGGAAACCGUACACAAGCUAAAACGUGAUCCUCCGGAUGAGAUCCCGGAUUUAAGAGAGCUUGUCCAAGAGCGAUAUACUGCCCUGCAGAGCGAGAACACAGAGGAGGACCUGUGGAAGGCCGAGAAGUAUGUCCAGUUGAAAGAGCAGCUGAGAGACCUGAGAACACAAAUGGGGGUUUCCCUGGACUCUGCAGACAGAAACGUGGAAGAUGAAGAUGAAGAGGUAGCGGUCACCCAGAGCUCUGCCAAUUUCACUUGUCCUAUAACACAGAUGGAAAUGGUGAACCCAGUGAAAAACAAAGUGUGUGGUCACACGUAUGAGAGAGAAGCCAUAGAGCGGAUGAUCCAAAGCAGACACCAGAAGAAAAAGGCCACCAGGUGCCCGAAGGUUGGCUGCGAUCACUCUGACAUGAGCAUAUCGGACCUGGUCCCAGACAAUGCACUAAAAAGAGCCAUCGAGGUUCACAACAAAAAGCAAAGUCACCACUGAGCUGAGAAUUGGUGCCAUUCCCCCCCCACGAGAUAUAAAAUACAGUUAUAUAACUGUGACGCUAGGUGCAGAUCGCAAGCACUGUGCCUGAUUCAUGUUUGUAAGCAAAGCAAAAAAGCAAGCAACUGGGCGAAACCAUGCUGCACUGCAGGUGGAGCAGAUGUAACAUGUGCAGAGAGAGUUAGAUUUGGGUGGGGUGUGUUUAAACGGAAAUCUAAAUUGCAGUGUCAAAAUAAAGCAGCCAGUAUUUACCCUGCACAGAAACAAUAUAACCCACCCAAAUCUAACUCUCUCUUCACAUGUUACAUCUGCCCCAGCUACAGUGCAGCAUGGUUUUGCUCAGAUGUGUGCUUUCUUGCUUUACUUACAAACCUGAAUCAGGCCCUUUGUGUAGGCUGAUGGACUUGCCAGCAAAGCUGAAGGUCUGACACAGACUAGCAGAAGAAACUAUACACAUGUAAUGUAUAUAGACCACCCUGCUGACGUCACUUCUGCAAGCACAAAAUUGUUUUGAUACAUGUUGUAUUCAUUUCUUUCUACUUGUUUAUAUAGGGGUAUAUUCAAUUAAAGUCGGAUCCAUUCCGACAUGUAUUUGUCGGAAUGGAUCCGACAACUGUUUUCAAUCUCAUCUCAGUUCGACUUUUUAAAGUCGAAUUGAGAUGAGGGACGCAGAGGAGGAGGGGGUGGGGGGGGGGGGGGGGGGGCAAGCUGCGGGGACAGCCGGCAGGCAUACAGGGCUGUGUGACAUCCUGUUGCAGUGCUACUGUAGCGCUGAUCUCCUCUAUACGCCGACUGUCUCCCUGCGGCUCCCCCCCCCCUCUCCCCCGCUCUUCUCCUCUCGGGUCUCACAUCUCACAGCUAUUCCGCCGAUCCACGUGCUUUUCGACAAUUCCUCGACUUGUCGAAUAGCAUUGAAUACGUCGAAUCGCGUUUCGACCUUAAAAAGUCGAAAACUGACAUCUUUUCGACAGACGGCAGUUUUCGAACACCAAUUGAAUAUACCCCAUAAUCUCAAAUCAUUCUCCUUGUGAUUCAUUCACAGCAAUGUUACUUUUUGCAUUACUAGCAAUUAUUGAUCCGGGUUAGUUUAUAAAGGUUCUAUUCUGGAUUUUGCAGACAGAAUAAUGGGUAACGGAGGACUGCUGCUGUAAUGAGACGUUUUCAAUAAAAGAAAGACCUAAUGCUGAA